AUGGCUUUCAAUGGUGGCUCGGCGCAGCGGCGCAAUAAUCCGUUCCAACGCAACUCCUCCCCCUCUCCCGGGCCCGUGCCCGUCGCCGCCGGCAGACCAAAGUCUGCCCUGUUCUCCUCACCUGUCUUGCAACCGUCAACUCCCACACCCGCCUCCGCUUCACAUGCGAGAUCUCAGUCCGGCAGCUCCUUUGGGCCGACCUUGGUCGCGCCCAGCAGUGGGCCGCGCCACCACCGUGCCGACUCGAAGAACGGCACCCCGACGUCCAACACUUUUGCUCCCUCUUUCAUCAAGUCCGAGGACUUGAGGCGGAGUCAGGACGCCGUAAAGAGCAUCGAAGGAGAAAACGAUUUUUCCGGCAAACGCUAUGUGUGGCUUAAGGAUCCCCAAAGCGCCUUUGUCAAGGGCUGGGUGGUGGACGACCUGGGGGGGAACCGCCUACGAGUCCAGACGGACGAUGGAACGCAGCGCGAGGUCGAUGCCGAGAGCGUCGACAAGGUCAACCCUGCCAAGUUCGACAAGGCAAACGAUAUGGCCGAAUUGACCCAUUUGAACGAGGCCUCCGUCGUCCACAACCUGCAUAUGAGGUACCAAUCCGAUCUGAUAUACACCUACUCUGGCCUUUUCCUCGUCACCGUCAACCCAUAUUGCCCGCUGCCCAUCUACACCAAUGAGUACAUCAACAUGUACCGGGGGCGGAGCCGCGAGGACACCAAGCCGCACAUAUACGCCAUGGCCGACGAGGCAUUUCGCAAUCUGGUGGAGGAGGGACGGAACCAGAGCAUCUUGGUCACCGGCGAGUCUGGCGCAGGAAAAACCGAGAACACGAAGAAAGUCAUACAAUACCUGGCCGCCGUCGCGCAAUCGGAUACUGCCACCAAGUCCAAGUCGCAGCACGCAAAUCUCUCCCAGCAGAUCCUGCGAGCCAACCCAAUUCUAGAGGCAUUUGGCAACGCUCAGACUGUCCGAAAUAACAACUCGUCCAGAUUCGGCAAGUUCAUUCGCAUCGAGUUCAAUCGCAAUGGCGCCAUCACGGGAGCUUUCAUCGAUUGGUACCUCCUUGAGAAGUCGAGGGUGGUCCGCAUCAACCCGCAUGAGCGGAACUACCACGUCUUCUACCAGCUCCUCAAGGGUGCCGACUCCCGAGUCAAGAAAGAACUGCUGCUUGAAAGGCUGGAUGUGGACGAUUUUGCCUAUACACGAAGCGGCCACGGAAGCAUCGUGGGCGUCUCAGACCAGGAUGAGUGGGACUCUCUCAUGGAGGCCUUUAAUGUCAUGGGCUUUUCCGAGAUGGAACAGCUCUCUAUCCUCCGAACCGUUGCGGCAGUGCUCCACCUCGGAAACGUCGAGGUGGUCAAGGAGAGUCGAGCAGCUGAUCAGGCCCGCCUCGCCCCGGAGUCAAAGGCACAAGUCGCCAAAGUCUGCAAGCUCCUCGGGGUCCCCCUGGAACCUUUCCUGCAGGGCCUUCUUCAUCCCAAAGUAAAGGCAGGCAGAGAGUGGGUGGAGAAGGUCCAGACCCCUGAGCAGGUGCGUCUCGGUCUAGACGCCCUGUCCAAAGGCAUCUACGAGCGUGGCUUUGGUGACCUUGUGACGCGUAUCAACCGGCAGCUCGACCGAACCGGCAUGGGCCUUGACGACUCGCACUUCAUCGGCGUCCUCGACAUUGCAGGUUUCGAGAUUUUUGAGGAGAACAGCUUCGAGCAGCUCUGCAUCAACUACACCAACGAGAAGCUGCAGCAGUUCUUCAAUCACCACAUGUUUGUGCUCGAGCAAGAGGAGUACGCCAGAGAGCAGAUUGAGUGGCAGUUCAUUGACUUUGGCCGUGACCUGCAGCCCACCAUCGACCUCAUUGAACUUCCAAAUCCAAUCGGCAUCUUCUCAUGCCUCGACGAAGACUGCGUCAUGCCCAAGGCAACCGAUAAAUCCUUUACCGAGAAGCUCAACUCGCUCUGGGACAAAAAGUCAUCCAAGUACCGUCCAUCCCGGCUCGGACAGGGCUUCAUCCUCACACACUACGCCGCAGAGGUAGAGUACUCCACGGAGAGUUGGCUGGAGAAGAACAAGGACCCGUUGAACGAUAACAUUACCCGGCUCCUCGCCUCUUCCACCGACAAACACAUCGCCACGCUCUUUGCCGACUGUGCUGAUACCGAAGAAGAGCUGGGCGGAGCCAGAAGCCGCGUGAAGAAAGGCCUCUUCCGCACGGUGGCCCAGCGACACAAGGAACAGCUUCACAACCUCAUGACACAACUGCACUCUACCCACCCUCACUUUGUGCGAUGCAUUUUGCCUAACCACAAGAAGCGGCCGAAGCAAUUUAACAACCUCCUAGUGCUCGAUCAGCUCCGUUGCAACGGUGUGCUCGAGGGCAUCCGCAUCGCGCGGACGGGAUUCCCCAACAGACUGCCCUUCGCCGAAUUUCGCCAGCGAUACGAGGUACUCUGCUCCAACAUGCCCAAGGGCUACCUUGAGGGCCAGGCCGCUGCCUCCAUCAUGCUGGAGAAACUGGGCCUCGAUAAGGCACUGUACCGCGUCGGCCUCACCAAGGUCUUCUUUAGGGCAGGAGUGCUCGCAGAGCUUGAGGAGCAGCGGGACGCCUUGAUCACCGAAAUUAUGGCGCGCUUUCAGUCUGUCGCACGAGGCUUCGUUCAAAGACGAGCUGCCUACAAGAGGCUAUUCCGCACCGAAGCGACGCACAUAAUUCAACGGAACUUCCACGUCUACCUGGAUCUGGUGGAGAAUCCUUGGUGGCAGCUCAUUGUCAAGAUGAAGCCGCUACUCGGCGCCACACGGACUGCUACAGAAGUCAAGAGGCGAGACGCGAUGAUCAAAGACCUGAACGACAAAAUGCGGCUUGAGCUAGGCAACAGGCAGAGGCUGGAAGAUGAGCGCAGAAACUGCCACGCUGAGUUGGCGCGGAUCCAGCAGACCCUGGAGAGCGAACGCGCCUUGGCCCUGGACAAAGAGGAGAUCUUCAAGCGACUGCAAAACCGCGAGGCUGAGCUCGAAGAGAAGCUUGCUGGCGCAAUCGAGGACCAAGAGCGGCUGGAAGACCAACUUGACGAUCUCAUGGAGGCAAAAAAUCGGGCUGAGCGGGACGUUGAAAAAUUCCGCGCACAGCUCGAGCAGGCCGCAGGUCUCAUCGCGAAACUCGAGGAGGAAAAGAGCCACCUUUCGGCCAAGGCCGCGGAGCUCGACAAAGCCAUGGAAGAAGUCUCGCAACGACAGUCUGAGAGAAGCGAGAACGAGGCGGCGUUAGAGGAUGAGAUCAAGGUGCUGCAAAGCCAACUGGCUCUCAAAGACAGAAAGACGCAUGAUCUUGAGGCCAAGCUCUUGAAAGUCGACCAGGAUCUCGAGGUCAAGCUGCAUGCCACUCGCAAGGAGCUUGACUCGACCAAGCUUCGCGAGACACGGCUCUCUCAGGAGAAUCGAAGUAUCCAACAGCAGCUCUCUCAGCUGUCCAAGACUUCGACAGAUUAUGAAGACCUAGUGCGCAGCAAGGAGAGCGAGCUGGCUCUCCUUCGCAGCGACAAGAGAAAGUUCGAGGACGAACGGCGUGCGCUGAACGAUCAAAAGAAGGUCCUGACGACUGAAAAGGACAGGGUCGCAAGCAAGUUCCGGGACGUCCAAGCCGAGCUCGACGCCAUGAAGUCCAAGCAGACACAAUUGGAACGGGAGGCUGCCGAGGCGAAGGCCCUGCUCGAAGCCCGGCUCUCAGAAGACGCGCAGGCGGAUCAGAGCCGAAGUCGACUCGAAAAUCAGAUCCAAGCGCUCAAGGAAGAGCUUUACGACACCCAGAAGGACUUGAGCAGGGAGCGGCAAUCGCGUGACGACGUGCAGCUGCUCAGUGAGCACAAGUACCAGGCCCUCAAGGAGGAGUUUGACACCCUCAACGAGUCCAAGAUCAUUAUCGAAAAGGAGCUCUACGCGCAACAAGAUACGCUGAGGCGUACCAUGGAAGCGCGCACGGCAGUCGAAAAGGAGCGGGACGAGGCUCGCGACGAGAUCCGCCGCCUGCGCGCGGCGAAGUCCCAGGCGGAGGAGGCGCGUCAACAGGCUGAGCUCGCCGGCGAGCGACAGGCUUCCAGGGCCGCGCGCGAACGGGAAGACAGCCUUCGCCGGGACCUCGACGCAGCUCAAGAACGCCUGCAUUGGUACGAGGAGGAGUGUGGCAAACUGAAUCACCAGAUCGAGGACCUCAACAAGCUCAUACUUUCUUCUGGAGAGUUCGGCCUCAAGAACGAUCAGGCCAAGGAAAGAAUGGAGCGCGAGCUCACCACCGUCAGGAGCCGGCUGGCAGCCUCCGAGAAUGACAACCGUGCCCUCCUCAACAAGCUUCAACACAAGGGUCUAGAGAUUGCCAGGUCUACUUCACGGGCAAACGAGGCUUCGCGAGGUCAGAUUGUGUCACUGCAGCGCGAAAAGACGAGGCUGGAGGAGCAAAACGCCAAACUCAACAAGCAACUAGGCGACGCUCAGGUGGCUAUCGCUUCGCUCGAAAAGAAAGCCGAGAAGCUCCAGCUCAACCUCGAGGACCUCAACCACGAGGUGGCCCGGGAAGUUCAAUCCAGUAGGAAUGCUGAAAAGGCCUCGUCCAAUGUCACAGUCCAGCUCGCCGAGGCAAACCGGACGAUUGAGUCGGAGCGCCAGCUUCGAACUCAGGCCCAAGCCACGGUGCGGACUCUCCAGGCCUCUGUCGACUCCCGGGACCAGGAGCUGGAGGACCUCCGAGGUCAGAUUUUGGCCGCGUUGAAGACGGUGGAUCCUGAGGUUCACAUUCCGCCGCCCUCCGACGACAGCAAGCAAAAGGCAUUCUUGCAAAAUUUUGACCUGGUGCGGAAGGUGGAGGAGCUGCAACAAAACCUUCGCGUUCAGACGGCGGCCAGGGCGAACGCAGAGAACCAGCUCGCCGAUCUGCGAGCCACUCGCUACGAUACCCCUAGCCGGCCCAAGUUGGAGGAGAUUAACCUUAACGAGGCUCCAUUCAACGGGUCUCCGACCCAGCGGCGAACCGUCAAGAUCAACAACCGUCGGCCUUCCAAUACGACGACGCCGACUCGACGCCUACCGGAGGCAGAGCUUCAUGAGUCUGCCAAAUCUGACAAGACGGCCGACACAGUUGCGGUGAACAACCGCAUGGACCUCAAGGCCGAGGUUGAAGAGCUCCAGAACCAGCUUCAACUGGCGCAGAUGCAAAAUCGACACCUCCAGAGUCAGCUUGAUCGAAGCACGCCGGUCCCGGAGCCUGACCAGAGCCCUUCUCUUCGUCGGAUGCAAAAGCUGGAGAAGGUCAACAGCCGUCUGCACGAUAUGCUGGACGACUCGGCCAAGAAGGUGUCCGCGCUCGAAAAGUCGAUUCGAACCGGCGAGCUGUCUCUUCGAGACGUCCAGGCCCGUUCACACGAGGAAAUCCUAGACGUGCUCUACAACCAGGAAGAGUCGCGCCGAUCUCUCCUGCAUAGCCAUAAGGACGCUGUGGCAGAGUUGACGGACGUCAAGUCGCACUUUGACAAGAUGCGCCACGAGCGGGCCAAGCUCGAGGUGGAGCUGCGCGACACCAAGUCUGAUCUGCAGGAGAUGACAGUGGCACGCGAGCAAGAGUCCCAGAGCCGAAGCCAGCUCCUGCAGGAGUACACCGACCUUCAAAUCCGCCUAGACGCCGAGUCCUCCAAGCUUGCCGACGUCAUGUCAGGUCUUGACAUGUACAAGAGCCGAGCGGACGAGUACUUUGGCAAGCUCGAGCAGGCCGAGAUUGCCGUCCUCAAGGCGAGCCGAGCGGAGCAGUUCGCCAAGUCACAGGCGAAGGAGGCCGACGACACGUACGCCGAGGUCAUGGCGGAACGGCAGAAGAUGGACGCCACCAUCGAAGAUCUUCAGCGCCAGAACCAAAGCCUCGAGGAGAGGAUCGAAGACAUUUCGACCGACCUCGAGUCUGUCACGCAGGCCAAGAGGAGGCUGCAGCACGAGCUGGAGGACUACCGAAAUCAGCGGGCCAUGGACAUUGAAGACAAGGAGUCCAGCAUGGAACAGACGCGCAAAAAGUACCAAGCUGAGUUUGCCACGCUUACGAAGGAGCUGGACCUCGCCCGAGAAGAGAAGUUGUACAAACAGUCCGAGAUUGCCCGGCUCCGCGAGGAGCUCGACGAGCUGCGGUCCAAGUGGGACGACGAGGUGCUCAACAGCUCCACCUGGUCAAAGGAGAAGUCACGCCUGGAGGCGACGCUGGCGGAUGUGGCAUCCUCGCGAGACGAAGCGGUCAAUGCCCACAACGACGCUCAGGGCAAGGUCGUCUCGUUGCUCUCUCAAGUGCGAGCGUUGCGGUCCUCGGUUGACGAGAUCACGUCGGAACGGGACAUUCUGCUCCGGGAGAAGCGAGGUGUCGAGGCCCGCCUGGAGGAGGCCAAGGCCGGUCUGGAGGAGCUGGCCAAGGGCGAGAACCCGUCGCUCCGAGACGCCGCGAGCAUGGACAGGGAGGUACUUGAUCUCAAGUCCAGCCUGGCCCACCAGGAGGACAUUGCGGCGGCGGCGGUGGAGAAGAUGCGGCGCGCCGAGUCGCUCGUGUCCGAGAUCCAGAAGGACAUUGCCACGGAGCGGGAGGCGAGCACGAGUCUUCAGAGGCAAAAGGUGUCACUGGAGAAGAGCCUGAACGAGGCGCAGCUCAAGCUCGUUGACCUCGAAACCAAGGGGUACUCGAGCGCCAGCCAGGACAUCAAGUUCCUUCACAAGCGCAUACAAGAGGCAAAGGACCAGGAGUCGGAGCGGACAAAAUCGCAACGGUCGGUCCGCAACGUGGACCGAGUGGUCAAGGAUCUGCAGGGACAGGUGGAGCGCAAGGAGAAGCAGAACACGCAGCUGUCCGACGACGUGAACCGGAUGCGCGACAAGGUGGACAAGCUCCUCAAGACGAUUGACGAGCUGCAGGCAUCCGAGUCGACGAACCAGCUGUCGGCGCGUCGCGCUGAACGCGAGCUCCGGGAGGAGAAGGAAAAAACGCUGCGGCUUGAGCGCGAGCUGGAGGGCUGGAAGGGGCUGCGGGUGGAGAAGGGGUCCGCAAGCUCGGUGGGCAGCCUCCGCAGCAGGAUGGGUCCGUGGAAGGGGGGCGAAGGCGACGCGGGCUCGGCCGCGGACGUGCCGGAGAGGAAGAGCAGCCUGGGCAGGAUGCCCAGCCUCACCAAGGGAUUCAUCUAA